UACACGAUAUACACACAUCGUCAAUAAUACUGUUGCUGUCAAGUAUGGACUCUCAUCCAGUUUCACAUUGUAACGCAACGUUCCGUUAUUGCGUUAAACGAUUUAAAUUAACGUUGAGCACGACGACACAGGACUAGGUACUCUCAGCAUUUGGUUACUGAUUUACAAGCAUUAGAGACGUACUCUGAGUCGUGUGAUAAUGUAACGUCGCGAAGGUAAACUACCAGCUCAACAUUACGUCACACUGAUCUUCACACAAAGCCACUGAAAAUUACAACACUCAUUACACAGGUUCGGCAGAUUCACCAAAUUUGAUAUCUUCAGGUAACGCACCGCUGCUGUGUAGGGUAUAUCUGCGCCUGUACAUUACUUAAGCGGUCUUCAGAUCCAAACGUGCUAUCGGACAACUCUUUAAAUACUGUUCUUAAACCACAAGCGCCACUCUAUUGGAAGUAUACUUUCAAACAAAAUUGUUCCUUCUCAAACGAUUUGUGGUUCUCCUGGAGAUCACAGACCCACAUGCCGAGUUGACCUACCGGCGUAUUUUGUGCGGGAAAUCUGUUUCUCAUAUAUAGGGUAAAAUUUUCUUCUGCAAGCUACUAUCCGGUUCGUUCCCGGCACGGAAACUGUUUUGAAGUAUAGGAAUCUGUGGUUGAUAGGGAUUCGAAACGUAAAGUGGAAUACUGACGUGUUGUAACUGUGGAAUAGUGGAGUGUAAACAGUCCACUUAAACGCAAGCACACGCUAGCCGUCACCACAGAAGAACUUGUCGUUGUAUUAUGUUACACAACAAAUGGCUGGACGCACAAUGCCUCCAUUAGUGUGGAUUCUGCUGGUGGUUUUAUGGAGUGUAACUGAUGCAAGACCACGAGAAUAUCGACAGACUAGUGGCUGCCCCAGAGGAGUGGUCCUUAACAGCCCAGGUACAAUAGCAAGUCCUAAUUACCCAGGAACGUAUCCGGACAAUUCGUCAUGCACCUGGGUAAUUAAGGCCCCAAGGGACCACACCGUCACUCUACGAUUCGGGAGCAUGUUCAACAUUAUGUCCGUUCCCACGUGCGGUAAGGACGGCUGCCAGUGUGAUUAUCUGGAACUUUUCUCAUCCAAUAAUACAGUUCAAAGAUUCUGUGACUUCAGGAAUGACCCUCCUCGGGUGAUAGAUACGAACGAUCGAGAAGUGAAGCUCGUAUUCAAGUCGGAUGCCGACGAAGGCGGGAAAGGAUUCUCAUUAAGUUACGAGUUCGCCCCGAUGGAGUCCGAUGAACCUAAAUCUACACCAGCAGAAUUUACCGCUCAAGUGGCCACCCCAGAAGAAUACACCAAUAAUGUAGAAGCUCAAAUUAAAGACGGCAAACCGAAAACAGCGCGACAAGAGACCGAGGAACCGAUAAACGAGUCGGGCACGGAAGCGCCCGACGAUAACCCGAGAACUGGCGAUCCCUCUCGACCGUAUUUGUUGUACGAUAAUGGCACAAGGGUGCUGCAUCAGAAGGGAGGGGAGGGUAAGGAAGAAGAAGAAAAGGAUCCUCCGGACGAGAUCGUGCUCGGACCGGCUAUUCCUAUCAUCUUGAUCUUCCUAGGAGUGGUCGGGUCUAUCGCUUGGUGGAACUUCCGCUCUGAUAAGAAGGAGAGAAUGAGGUAUGAAGAAAUCUCCAUGCGAGGAAGGCCAAUGAAAAAGAAAAAGAAAGGCAAGAAAAACCUUAGAGAAAUACGCACUAACAACCUUUAUAACGAAAUGGCGCGAACCUGGCGAGACCAGACGCAGCAAACACCUGUAGCCAAGCCAUCAACACUGGAGAGACCGCCAAGAGAUAGCUCCCUUGCAGGAAGACUCCUUGAGUUGGCCGAACGACCUAUGGCAAUGCUGACACCAAAAUCCUCGCGUCCUUCAUCAAUGGUCGCAACCGCUGAGCAACAGGUUCCUCUAGUUAUCAUGAGAGAGAAGAAAGGUUCCAGGCCCGCCUCAGCCAGAAUGAGCGGCUCGCACCUGGGUCCAACUGGCCGACCUCAAUCUAGACCGGCCUCUAUGUUACUCCGAGACGCUUUGAAUAUGAUCUUUGGGACCCAAGAACAGGCAGCGGCAGUGGCGGCCCUAAGAGAUCAGGGUGGCACACCGGACUCCAAGCGAUCGUCAAACCGAAUUUCAUACUGCGAGCGCAUCGCCGAACAACAGGAAGACGAGAAAGAGGAGGGGGAGCAAACCGCCUUACUUGAGCCCGAACCACAAGCGCUUCCAUCGAUAAUGAUCAGUCAACCGAGCGUGACCCCGACACACGGCACCACGCCAUCUACACCGAAAAUUCCACCACCUGUUAAACCGAAACCAAAACGACAAAAACCCGCACCUAAACCGGACGUGACGUCAGAAAAGACAUCAGCUAAUAAACCGGAAGUGACGACUGAACCUGAGGUCCAGCACAAAGCGCAUGGGCAUGAGACACCGGUGCACGAGCCGGAAGUGACGAUAGCGGAAGUGCAUCAUGACGAAUCGGAGGCGUUCGACUUUGCGGCACUAGAAGCGAUGGACGACGAGGAAGAGAAGAAACAGCCGCCGCACGAUCCCGAGGAGGGGAGGCCGAUCUCGUUCGAGAGCAAGCUGGUCGGCAUGCUGGAGCAGCUACAGAAGGAGGGGGAGGAGCUUGAGAAGGCAGAGAGGGAGAUGGAGAAGGAUGCCGAGGGGGCAGAGGCUCCCAAGCAGGCGGAGUCACCCGAAGUUAAAGAGCUUCGUACUCCCCAGCCUACCCCCGUCGCUGACACUCCCUCUCCCGGUGGGGGUCGAUUGAACUUUCCCGAUCUCGAGGAAUUUCUACUCAACUUAGAUAGAGAACUUGAAGAGCAUCCAGAGCCGAUAUAUGGCGGUAGUGGCCGAGACGCGUGAGGAGGGAGAGACCCGCCUUCAGAAGCCGAUGGCCAUAGCAUAGUGGAUAACUUG